GUCAAGCAACUGACCAAGCUGAACAAAGAGCUCGCUUAUGCAGUUCUUGUAGCAGAUGUUGAUGGCUGGACGCCAGUUCACGCGUGCGUUAUGAGAGGCUCCAAAAAGUUGCUGAAAGCCAUGCUUCAAGUGGGGAUUCCAAUCAAUUGUGCCAUGGGACAACCUGAGGGUCUCCCGGGCAGAUGUACCUUAUUACAUGUGGCGGCCAAUAGACCAGAUAAAAAGAUGCUUGACUACCUUCUCCACCACGGAGCCGAUGUCAACGCUAGAGACUCCGACGGCAACACAGCUUUGUUCUAUGCUAAACAGUCAAAUAAAGACAGCGCCCGUUUGCUCAUCAGCUGUGGAGCUAUCCAGGAUGAAAGCUCGGAAGUCAGCCACCAUCAACCACAACAACAUCACCAGAUUGGUGAGAACACUUGCCGGCUUCUUGGAUCCUCCUCAAGUUUACGAAAAGAGCAUACACCGUCCCGUUCGUCAAACGAUGUAUACAACAAAGUACCGCACCCACUGCAAAAAGGUUCUUCUCACAGACGCUCCUUGUUAACAACUUCGGCGAUGGCUUCUUCUGGGUCAAAGGGAUCUUCAUCAAAGUCUCAUUUCUUAACUGUCCCACCUGCAAAAUUAUUCUCCAGCUCGCCGUGUCUACAUCAGGGUAGUUCAGCGGGCAGUGGUGCCAGCAGCAUCACUAGUUCCACCAGCAGCAGUGAUCUGACGUGUAAUAGUAAUAUUACACACUCUAAACAUAGUAUUAACAACAACAAUACGACAGUUACAGAUCUCAACAAAGGAGAAUUGAAGAGUGGUAGUAGAAGUGUUAAUACAAGCACGGAAUCGCUGAGGAAACAAUUAGAUUUUAAUAUUAGCCAAAAUAACAGUGAUUAA